AUCCUAAACUUCUUCAUUGAUACUGGCACAUGUGUAAUAAAUGCAUGUUUGAUUUCUUGAUUCUGGAAAAUAAAUCAAAAUAUUACAUCUAAAAUGAUGCCUUUGCUAACCUUCCUACUGAUGGUCCAUGUUUCACAAGCUGAAACACAGACCGGAAGCUGCAAAGAUAUCUUACAUGGGAUUCUGUCUGGACUUGGAGAAUAUCAGAUUGGAGCUCUAAAAGAAGAGUUCCAAAGGUUCACAAAUAACAUGGAGCGAUCUAUGAAUGUAUUCAAGAAACAAAUGAGAGCUGAUUUUGAGAGAAAAGGUAAAAUGAACAGGAGUGUCGUCUAUACAAGAUGGGGAAAGAAGUCAUGUCACUCGAAUGCCGAGCUGGUUCUUUCUGGAUAUACUGGUGGAUCACAUUAUACCCACUCGGGAGCGGCUGUUGAGCCCCUUUGUUUACCAAGAGAUCCCGAAUGGGGCCGGUACAAAGAUGGGUCUGACGGCACUAGAGCUUUUGUAUAUGGAGCAGAAUACGAAACCCACGAUUCUCUUACUAACUUGCGCAGACUCCAUGACCAUGACGUGCCUUGUGCUGUCUGCCUGGUCCAUAAUAGAUCUGUUUUAAAAGUGUUCCCAGCAAGGAAAACAUGUUACAAAGGUUGGAGAUUGGAAUAUGAAGGAUAUCUAAUGGCGGGGCUUUAUAAUCAUCCUGCUGCCACAACCUACAAAUGUGUGGAUAAGAACCCUGACAUUAUUACUGGGGGUCAUUAUAAUCACGAGGGUUAUCUUUUCUAUUCCGUUGAGGCAAGAUGUGGUUCAUUGAAAUGUCCGCCAUACGUACACGGGCGUGAACUUGUAUGUGCUGUCUGCUCCAGGGAAUAGAGCUAUCAGAUGGUACACUGGAAACAAUAAAAAGUGUUUUCGGAU